AACAGUUUAAACCACUUUAGCAAGUGGUUGGGGGCUUGAUGAAAGCAAGCACAUGCAGUCCGGCACCAGUAUCCUAAGGACAAACUACCUCAAAUUCCUGAUGCCUUUCUCUCCUCCUACAAAUGAGAGGUAAUAAAAGGAAUCUGCAGAACCUCAAGAGAGCUGUUUACACUUGGAUGCUGUUGGGCAACGACAUCCAGCUGCUAAGACAAAUUAAGAGAGACUCUUAAAAAUCCAAAAGGAUUCUAAUUGUACUAUUAUCAUUACGAUAAUAAAACCAACUCUGCUGUGAAGAUGCUAAAUGUGGACUUGCUGGUUCUAAGCUUCUGCCUCAGUGUGGGAACAGGAUACAGUCCUGUUGGUAAGAGACAAUAUCGGAUCCAAAAUGGGCCAUGCAGCUACACUUUCCUGCUGCCAGAGCAGGAAAACUGCCAAAGCCAGAGCGACUACAACUACCCGGACCAAAAGGAUGGACCCGCAGACGAGUCUACUCAGAGGCUGGAACAACUGGAGCUCAGCAUGGAGAACAACACGCAGUGGCUGCUUAAGUUAGAGAGCUACGUACAGGACAGCAUCAAGCAGGACAUCCUUCAGUUCCAGCAGACCGCUGUUCACAACCACACGGCUACAAUGAUUGAAAUUGGGGCAAGCCUGCUGAGUCAAACUGCUGAGCAAACAAGGAAACUCACAAAUGUCGAGGCACAGGUAAUCCAUCAUACAACGAGACUUGAGCGUCAAAUUCUUGAAAAUUCAUUAUCAACCAACAAGUUGGAAAAGCAACUCAUUGUCCAAACAAACGAGAUCAACAAACUGAAAGACAAAAACAGUCUUCUGGAGAAGAAAGUGCAGGAGUUGGAGGAGCAGAGGCAGGUGGAGCUAAAGAUACUUCGAGAGGAAAAGGAUCAGAUCCAGACUUUGAUACUGAGGCAAACAGCCAUCAUAGGUGAACUGGAGCAGCAACUGCUGAAAGUCUCCUCAAACAACUCAGUCCUGCAGCAUAAGCAACAGGAGCUACUGGACACAGUGAACAACUUAAUUCACACCCUGUCUGCAGGCUCUGCUCAAGAGCCAAAGACUGUCAUGAUGAGGGACACUCCUACAACAUUCAUGGAUUGUGCUGCAGUCUACACUUCAGGAAACUCCAAGAGUGGCAUCUACACUCUCACAAUCCCCAACACUACCAUGGAGGUUAAGGCAUUCUGUGACAUGGAGACAGAAGGAGGUGGCUGGACAGUUCUACAAAAACGCUUUGAUGGCCAUGUUGACUUUCACCGUACGUGGCAGGAGUACAAAAAGGGGUUUGGAGAACCUUCAAGUGAGUUUUGGUUGGGAAACGACUUUGUGUCCAGGCUCACAAAUCAAAAGGCCUACAAACUAAGAAUUCAGCUCAGUGACUGGGAGGGAAACUCGGCAUUCUCACAAUAUGAUCAGGUCACUCUUGACAACGAAGCACAGCAUUACAGGAUACACCUUAAAGGUUACAGUGGAACAGCAGGCAAAAUAAGCAGCAUUGGGCAGCCAGGAAGUGGUUUCAGUACAAAGGAUGCAGACAACGACAAAUGUGUUUGCAAAUGCUCACAAUUGACAACAGGAGGCUGGUGGUUCGAUGCUUGCGGUCCAUCCAAUUUGAAUGGUAUGUAUUACCAACAAGGCCAAAACUCCAAUCGUUUCAAUGGAAUCAAAUGGUACUACUGGAAAGGCUCAGGCUACUCACUGAAGUCAACUUCAAUGAUGAUCAGACCUGCAGACUUCUCAGGUUCACUGUGAACCAGAACUCAGAUCAAUCAAAGGGGGAGGGAAAUUCUGCCUGACAAACACCAAAAUCAACAGUUCAGAGGAGCCAAAGCACUUCAUGGAUGUCUUUUUUUUCUUUUUUGUGUGCAUAACUGUCCAUAUUUAUGCAUUUUAUAAUUGGAAUUAUGGGAUUGGAGCAAAAAAGUUGUGAAACAGUCUUAGCAUGGUGGUUCAAUUCUGUUAUAACAGCUCGCUGAGGAGGGAGGAAAAGCCAAAGUAAAAUGUAACAUUGUGUAAAUGUAUUUUUUCAACAAUAUCAAUUCAGCUCAAACACCCAUUUUUCUAUUUGAAUAACAGAUAAUGAUAUCAUUGUAUAAAAAGAUUAUGGUACAUAUACAGAUAAAGAACUGGCUCAAAGAGAUCCUUAUGUGUGUUUUUUUUCUUCCUUUGAAUGCUUAAAAUGUAAAUUCCAGUGUGAAAAUACAACAAAAAAACUGUUUUCUCAUAGUAAUGUAUGUACAUUUGUUGUUUAAUUUAUAUGUACAUUUUAAGUCCAAUAUUUAACUUAAUUAUAUGAAGGAGAUCUGUUAGAGAUAUUGAGGGCCUGAGCUGCUUAAUAUUGUCUUUGCACAUAAACUAGGAAGAGUUAUCUUAAUAUAUUCUGCUGUUCCUUUCUGAAUGUUCUUACAUGGCAAAACCCUUUUUUUGUAUUGUUUAUGUAUUGAAAAAUAUAUUUUAAAGGAGCAGAAAGUGUGAGAAAUCCAGAUACAUUUGGAAGCUGAAUAUGUUGUCUGUUAACACUGGAAAGUAAAGCUUUAUCAGCUACUCUACCACUGACGUUGAACACAACACAAGGCAGAGCUUCUCUUUGAAGUUUGUGAUGAAACCUCAACUCUUAUAGCCAAUUAACAAGAGAAUUUAUAGCUUGGUUGAUGAGCGACUUACUUAUGAUCGCAGUAUUUUUCAGAAAGUCUUUUUGUGAACUUUCAGCUACAGCAAAAUACUAAAAUAAAUUCAAAGUGCUA